AUGGAACAACAGGAUCUGGUAGAAAAUAAACUAUCUUUCUCCAAAAUACCACGGGUAGGACUACAUGUACGUGAUUUGAGCAUUACAGCUUCAAAGACUGAUUCUGUAUUGGUACACCCCCUUUCACUGGACCUACCGAGCGGGUCUGUGAUGGCUAUAAUGGGUGGAUCUGGGUCAGGUAAAACUACAUUAUUAAAUGUGUUGGCAUCUAAGAUUAGUUCUGGUUUGACACAUUCAGGUGAGAUAUCCUACAUUUUGGAAGCGGAUAAAAAUAACGUCGAUGAUUCUAGUAGUGAGGCUAGUUUUGAUUUAAAUGCUACUUACAAAGAAAAUGUUACUCUGGCAUAUGUUCCUCAACAAGAUGUUCUAUGUUCUAGGUUAACAUGCCGUGAAACACUUAUGUAUGCAGCAGACUUGAAACUAGACGCAUCCAAAGUUGAGAAGACUCUGAUUGUGAACCAACUUAUAGAUGAAUUAGGAUUAAAAGACUGUGCUGAUACGUUAGUUGGUGACAAUUCGCAUAGAGGACUUUCAGGAGGUGAGAAAAGACGACUAAGUAUGGGUACCCAGAUGGUCUCUAAUCCUUCAGUAAUGUUUCUGGAUGAGCCAACCACCGGGUUAGAUGCAUAUUCAGCAUAUUUGGUUGUAAAGACACUCAAGAAGCUAGCAAAGGAAGAUGGCCGCACUUUUAUUCUAUCUAUCCAUCAACCUAGAUCAGAUAUUUUAUUUCUAUUUGAUUAUGUCUGUAUCCUUUCAAAAGGUAACGUUGUUUUUUGUAAUCAAAUGAAUGAAUUGAUACCGUAUUUCAAGUCAAUUAGUUACGAUGUUCCUGAUCUUGUAAACCCUGCCGAUUAUUUUAUAGAUUUAUCUUCAGUUGAUGGAAGAACUGAAGAUAGCUUAGCAAUUACAUCGGAGAGACUUGAAAUGUUAGUAUCGCAUUGGAGGAAAUAUGAAGAGAAAACUUUAUCAUAUAAGCCUAUCAACCAUAAAUACGAGAUUCAGUUGAAAAGUAUGACUGGACGAUUACCGUUUUGGAAGCAAGUUAGCGUGCUAACCAGAAGAAACUAUAAACUAAAUUUUAAUGAUACUAAUACUCUAAUUGCUACUUUUGCAGAACCCGUGGUGAUGGGUGCAAUAGUUGGAUGGAUAUACUUCAAACCUGAUACUUCUAAUAUUGGAGGUUUGCGUACUUUAAUAUCUUGUCUUUAUGCUUCUGUCAUAUUACAAUCUUACCUUUAUCUUCUUUUUGAUACUUACCGGUUGUGUGAACAAGAUAUUGCCUUAUUUGAUAGAGAACGUGCAGAAGGUGCUGUAUCUGGUAUUGCAUUCAUUGUGGCCAGAAAGUUAGCUUUGUUCAUAACUGAUGACAUCUUAAUGACCAUUUUGUAUACAAGUAUUACCUAUUUCAUGUUUGGACUUGAGAAGAAUGCUAGCAAAUUCUUUUUUCAAUACGCCGUGAAUCUCUUAGCACAACUAAUCUGUUCUGCUCUUGCUAUGGUUUCUGUUGCUGUAUCUAGAGAUUUUGCUAAGGCUUCACUUGUUGGAAAUUUGAGUUUUACUCUAUUUUCUAUGAGUUGUGGAUUCUUUGUCAAUGCAAAAUUGAUGCCGGUGUAUGUUAGAUGGACGAAAUACAUUGCCUUUACAUGGUAUGGUUUUGGUUCAUUAUUGUCAAAUACAUUUUCUGACUCAUAUUGUAAUGGUGGAGAAGGUUUUGAGUGCCAAGGUAAUCAAGUCGUAAGACAAUAUGGUUUUCCACUUCAUUGGAGGACAUUACCAAUGUGGAUUCUAUUUUGUUGGUUUGUUGGAUUCUUUAUGCUCAGUAUAAUUAUUUUGACAUGGAACAAAGUUGACAUUACUUUGCAAAAUGAAGUAAAUAAAAAGAAGCAUAAAAAGUCAGAUAUUAAGGAUGAUGCCUCUAACUUAACUGAAGAAAGCGACAUCAAAGAUACCGAUGACUCAAUCUCAACAAAUCAAAGAGAUGAUAUGACAAAUAAACUGGCUCAUAUAACUGUUGUAGCACAAGAUGUUGAUUUAGAAGUAAAAUAUACAAAGCUUUACAAUCGGAAGAAUCACAAAAUUUUUGAAUACGAAAACAAGAAAAUUUUACAAAAUGUAAGCGCUGUAUUUAAGCCAGGAAUGAUCAAUGCGAUAAUGGGUCCCUCAGGUUCAGGUAAAUCUUCCUUUUUAAACCUAAUUUCAGGUAGACUCGAAUCCUCUUUGCUUGUAAAGUUCAACACUGCCGGAACAAUAAAAUUAAAUGACACGCCUAUAUCCCAAGAUAUGUUCAAACAUCUGUGUUCCUAUGUUUCACAAGAUGAUGACCAUUUAUUGGCAAUGCUAACUGUCAGAGAGACGUUCGAUUUUGCUGCUGCUUUACGAUUGAAACAUUUGAGCAAGGAUGAUAAGAGAAGUAGAACUGACUCACUAAUUGCGAUUUUAGGAUUAAAACAUUGUGAAAACACAAUCAUUGGCAAUGAGUUUAUAAAAGGUAUUAGUGGUGGGGAAAAGCGUAGAGUUAGCAUGGGCAUUCAAUUAUUAAGCGACCGUCCUAUUCUUCUUCUUGAUGAACCAACCUCCGGUUUAGAUAGUUUUACCUCAUCGACAAUUUUAGAAAUUCUAGAAAAUUUAUGCUCCGAGCAUAAUAAGACGGUUAUACUAACCAUACAUCAGCCAAGAUCUGAGUUAUUUAUGAAAUUUGGGAAUAUAUUACUGCUCGCAAAAUCAGGCCGGACUGCCUUUAAUGGAUCACCAGAGGAAAUGAUAAAACAUUUUGAUUUAAUGGGAUAUAAAUGCCCAUCAUUUACUAAUAUCGCAGAUUUCUUUUUAGAUCUGAUCUCUGUCAACACUCAAAAUGAACAAAAUGAAAUACACUCUAAGACCAGAGUAGAAAAUAUCUUGUCAACUUGGAGAGCAGAAAGAUUACGAUUGUCUGCUGAAAAGUCAAUCGUAACUGAAGAGGAACAUACUCUGGAAACUUUUGAAGAUGAAUAUGGACAAUACUUCUCCAAACCCGCUGGCCUAAAAUUGGCUUAUAUGGUAAACCUAAGAAGACAAUAUACAACGACAAUCCGGAAUUUUGAUUCAUUAAUGGCACGUAUUGCUCAAGUUCCAGGUUUAGGUGGUAUUUUUGCAUUAUAUUUUGCGCCAUUAAAACACAAUUACACGAGUAUAUCCAACCGACUUGGGUUAGCCCAAGAAUCUACCUCCUUAUACUUUGUUGGUAUGCUUGCUAACUUGGCUGUUUAUCCACCUGAAAGAGAUUAUUUUUAUGAGGAAUUCAAAGAUGGAGUGUAUGGAGUCGCACCUUUUUACUUGGCUUACAUGACACUCGAGUUACCUUUAACAACAAUCGCUGCAAUAGUGUAUUCUGCCUUGACGGUGUUUGGAUGUGGCAUGCCUAGAACUGCUGGAAACUUUUUUGCCAAUGUCUAUUGUGCACUAAUGAUUGUUUCAUGUGGUGAAGCUCUAGGAAUAAUGACCAAUACAUUAUUUAAAAGGCCAGGUUUCGUUGUCAACUGUAUUUCAGUUAUUCUAUCCAUAGGAACUCAAUUGUCAGGAUUGAUGUCACUACACAUGUCUCGAGUUUUGAAAGGUAUUAAUUACAUCAAUCCUGUAUGGUACACUUCUAUUAUUGUCAUUAAUUUUGCUUUCCCAGACAAUUUAAAUUUCACUUGUAAGGAUGGUCCACAAAAUGCUGAUGGUUCCUGCGUGUUAAAAACUGGUAGGGAUGUGUUAGAUGCUUAUGGACUUCAUAGAAACACAAAGAAUUUCUUGGGUGUUGUAAUAUGCGUCACAUUCUGCUACAGACUCCUAGCUUAUUUGAUGCUGAAAGCAAAACUUGAAUGGCUGAAAUGGUAA